GGCGUUUGUGAGAGCUGUACGCUGCCCCGUGGCCUGUGGUGCAGUCCGCUUCUCCAGCCCCGGCCACAUCGCCCUGUGUGUUGAAGGCUCUGCAAAGGCAGAUCACUUGAAGUGGCAAUGGCGGAGGUGAGCCACUCGGUGAGCCACUCGGCCAUUCCUGCAGAGGUGCUGGGCGCCCCGUCGCUGCCCGACUCGCUGCCGUCGACCGAAACGCUCGGCAAGGCCACGGCGCGGCAACGGAGGUCCCGCGCGUCGCUGCUGCGGUCGGGGUGGGAGGCCGGCGGCCAGGCGGUGCUGCAGUGCGGGGGCAAGUUCUACACACGGCUGAGGAAAGAAUAUGGCACUGAGUUCCUCAUGCUGCUCUCUAACGUUUGCCUGGGCGUCAAGGGCAUCAUCUACCAGGUGGGGCCGACUGGACAGUCGGCCGAGGCGCGGCGCACAGAGACCGUGUCGGACAUGUGCCGUAUGUAUUGUGGGUUGUGUGUUUCAGUACUUGAUGACGGUUGGGCUGCCCUACUUCAAGUGGCUUGGUCUGGAUGGCGUCAAGUACCAGACCAACUUCACCAUUGCCUGGACGCCCUGGGCCAUGAAGGGUGGGUCGGUGCGAAAAAGCCGACAGAGCAUCCAACCAACUAGACUGACUCUUCGUGUGUGUGGUUGUGCAGGCAUUUUCGCCUCGCUGACAGACGCGUGGCCCAUCGGUGGCUAUCACGCAAAGUGGUACAUGUUCAUCGCCAAUGUGCUGGGCGUCGCCGGCCUCCUCGGACUUGCCGUGUUGCCGAGAGAAAGUAUGUAUGUCGCAGCUUUAAAGCGUGGCUAGCUAUCGAUAGCAGACAGACAAGGCAAGACGUCUGUCUGUGUGUGUGGUUUGUGUCUGUUGUGUCCUUCCUUUGUGUGUGUGUGUGCAGCUGCGAGGACGCACGUGUGGAUAGUGGGCGCGUUCUUCUUCAUGGCGCAGGUGCAGGUGGCCGUCCAAGACAUGCUUCUCGAUGGUGAGUGAGCCUGGGAGGGAGGCAGUGACGCAAUGCAAUGGGGACCAAAGGCAGUCAAUCUGUGCACGCCACGCCGUGUGUGUUUGCAGGCAAGUACACGGAACUGAUGGCCAUCUCGGGCCGAGGGUAGGAAGGAACCGCACCCCCCACCCAGCCCCCCACCACGACAACCAAGCGCAAACCCCCUUCCCUCCCUCCCUCCCUCCCUCCCUCGCAUCGUUGUGUCCAUUUGUCAGGAAUGAGAUCGUGACGUACGUGUGGUUCAUGAGCACGGUGGGCAACAUGAUGGCGAGCGCCACUGUGGGGCCCAUCAGCGACUCGGUUGGGCCGGGGCUGGUCUUCUGGAUCGCACUACCCAUCGCACUCCAGACGGCAUACCCCAUACUAAGGGGAUGGAUGCCAGAGGAGAGAGUCCCCCCACCCAACGGAUCGAAACUGCAAGUAGGGAGGGGCGGGCACACAAACAGAUAAACAGACGAAUGGCUGAUUCUGUUACACACGUGUGUCUGUGUGUGUGUGUGUGUGUGUCUCACAGGUAGCGAAGGUGAAGUCUGAGUGGCGGACAUUCGCCAUGGGCUGCAGCACAGGCGUGGCUGCGCUGGGGCUGGCCAUCGUCGGUGAGACUGACACGCACACACACACAGACAUAUUUGCAGAUGGAGACGAGUGCAAUGGUCUGGUGGGGUGGCCAUGUGUGCAGGUGCGGCGUUCUCCCCCUUUGUGCAGCUGGUGUACACGCUAAGUGUGUCAGUGGUCGUAUCGAUUCUCUCGUGCUUCCUCUGCAAGAGGGAACAGGCCACAACCAACCUCUACUUCCUGCUAUCAGGUAAACAAUCACAUCCACACCCGCUGCAGCUGCACCUGGCUGGUGCUUCCUUGAUAAACGUGUCUCAGUGUCGCUGUAUGUCCAAAUCCCCGGGGCGAUCGACUUCUGGUACACGGCCGACCCGUCCUGUGUGGCGGACGGGCCUCACUUCGACUUCACCUACUACCAGACAGUCUCGCAGCUGGUGGGCAACGUGGCGCAGGUGGCCGGCAUCGUCCUCUUCCAGCUGUGCGUGAGGAACUGGCGAUUCCGGACGGCCUUCUGGGUCACCACCGUUGUGCGGAUCGUGGCCUCGUGCGUGGACCUGCUCAUCAUCCAGAGGGUCAAUGUCCGCUUCGGCCUCCCUGACAAGGCCGCGUUUAUCCUGUAAGUGACCAGACCACCUGGUGGGGUGGCUGCGAGGGUUGUCAUGCGUCCGUCCCAUCUGUCUGUCCUUCUGGCUGUGUGUAAAUGAAUGUAUUUCAGUGGCGAUGCGAUGAUCCUCAACCUUGCGCAGAUGCUUGAUCUGAUGCCCGCCAUCCUGCUGACGUCCAGGCUGACGUCGCCCGCCAUGGCCACCACCUCAUUUGCCGUCCUCGCAGGGUUCUUCAACUUUGGCAUGAACGCGUCACGCGCCCUCGGCACCUUCAUGAUCGACUGGUUCGGCGUCAAGACGGCCGAAAGCGUACGCUAGCAUGUUGAUGCACUCAUAUACCCUCCCUCAUCUGACUGCCGGACGGACCCAACGCCUGCAAUGGUUGGCCUCGUGUUGUGUUGUGUGUAGCACACUGGCGUGGGUGCGUCAGCCGAGGAGUGCGACUUCAGCAACCUCUCCUGGCUCGUGCUGGUGGCGCACAUCAUCCUCCCGGCCCUGUCCAUCCCCCUAGCUUUCUUCCUGAUCCCCGACCUGCCCAUCAACGGCCCCUUAGAGACACAACACGCGUCCGCCUCACGGCAACUCUCGGCGAGCAGCCUGGCCGACGAGGACACCAUGGCGGGGGGCGGGCUGGACGAAACCGACGACCAGUAUACAGACGAGGAGAGCACCACCGCUGCUGCUGCUGCUGCUGUUGCCGGAAAGCGGACCAGUGAUGAGCCGACAGCGCGUCAGAAUGAGCAGCACCACGAGACGGCGCCGACCGUGUUGGCGAUAGAGAUGGAGGAGAUGGCGCUGCGUGUGCCGAUGGGGCUGUGUGUGGGGUCGUCGUCAGUGAUGCCGCGGACGCCACGGAUGGCCACUGAGGAGGGGGGCGAUCGGGGUGCGGGGGACUGAACACGUGAGGGCAAGUGUUUUUCUCUUGCAAAGCCUCACGUUUCGUUUUUGUGUGUAGAGAGAAGUGUGUAUUGUGAUGUGGAUAUACAUACGUGUAAGUGUACAGUCGUGUGACUUUGUGCGGUGAGUGAGAUGUCUGGUGGUGACGUGCGACGGUGUGUGGGGACACGAUGGAUGCCAACGUGUUCAUCGCCAACGCGGCCCAUGCGCUGUUGGAG